GUUGUGGACGCCAGGCCUCUGGUUCUCGCUAGGGAACCGGCUGUUGUCGCCCCGCCCCCGGGGGGGCUUUUUGUCCAGUCAACUGUCGCGGUGGCUGGGGGCUCCAGCUCCGGGAGACAUGCCGGUGCGCUUCAAGGGGCUGAGUGAAUACCAGAGAAACUUUCUGUGGAAAAAGUCUUAUUUGUCAGACUCCUGUAAUUCCUCAGUGGGGAGAAAAUACCCAUGGGCCGGACUUAGAUCGGAUCAAUUAGGGAUCACAAAAGAGCCAGGUUUUAUUUCAAAAAGAAGAGUCCCUUACCAUGACCCACAGAUUUCAAAAUCUCUCAAGUGGAAUGGAGCUAUCUCAGAGAAUGAUGUUGUAUCGCCAGAACUGGAAGCCCCAGCAACACCAAAAUCAGAGGCUGAAAAAGAAGACAACUUUAACCUAGAGAAAGUUCUUGCACUGGAGGCCUCCAGGGGUCCCAAGAGAACCAGAUCGCAUUCUGCAGACUCCAGAGCUGAAGGGGCUUCAGAUGCUGUGGAAGAGAAUGAGGGUGCAGCAGCCAGCCACACACUCGAUGAAAAUGUGGACCAGGAACAUCCUGCCAACCUGCUUUCAGAAAAUGUAGAUAAUGGGUUGGAUAGAGUUCUGCGUAAGAAAGCUGGAUUGACUGUUGUUCCUUCACAUAGUGCCUUGAGAAAUUCUGAGUAUCAAAGACAGUUCGUCUGGAAGAAUCCUAAAGAAACAGCUCCAGUGGUUGCAGCCAAUCAGGUUUUUCACAAUAAAAGCAAAUUUGUUCCACAAUUCAAAGGUAACCCAGUCAUCCAUGAAACAGAGUACAAAAGAAAUUUCAAGGGUUUAUCUCCAGUGAAGGAACUAAAAUUGAGAGGGGACUUGAAAGAAAACGGAAAUCUCGAAACACUAUCUCCUGAGAAGUGUAAUCAAAUGGAUGAUCCUUUAAAAUCAGAAGCAGAGAUGGCACCGACAGACUCAAACCAGCCUAAAAAGCAGGUUUGUCUCACUCCCUGGAGACAUCAGAGGCUUGGGAAGGUGAACUCUGAAUAUAGAGCAAAAUUUCUGAGCCCUGCUCAGUAUUUAUAUAAAGCUGGAUCUUGGACACGUGUGAAGGAAAACAUGCCAAAUCAGGGUUCUCUAAAUGCCAUGUGGUAUGCAGAGGUUAAAGAACUCCGAGAAAAGGCUGAGUUUUACAGGAAACGAGUUCAGGGGACACAUUUUUCUCGGGACCAUCUGAAUCAGAUUUUGUCUGAUAAGAACUGCUGUUGGGAUGUGUCUUCAACCACCAGCUCGGAAGGAAGCCUUAGUAGUAACAUCAAAGCAUUAGACCUUGCUAGGGAUCCCACAAGCCAUAAGACUUUACAGAAAUGCCCUCCUACAAAACUAGAAGCAAAAAGAGAGAUCUUGGAAGAACAUGCCCAGAAAAGCACUGUGGAAAAACCGGAUGUGGCAGAGACUCCCACCAUGCCUGUGAGGAGGCGGCUGGCUUGGGAUGCAGAGGACGCCAGUGAGGACAUGAAGAAGCAGCCCCGAGAGGAGGAGGAGGCGGAAGAGGAGGAGGCGAGAGGAAGGGCCAGGCAGGUUCAUAUGGGAGAGCUCGGGAAACUGGACGCACACGAGAAGUCCCAGGCAGGCAAGAUCCGAGAAGGGUCAGAUUCUUCUGCAUCUUCAGGGACAGGAGGCCGGCUGCCUACUCCGAAGCUGAGAGAACUUGGUGGAAUCCAAAGGACCCACCACGAUCUCACCACCCCAGCCGUCGGUGGAGCUGUGUUAGUGUCCCCAUCGAAGGUGAGGCCUCCCAUCUCAGAGCAGAGGAGAAAAGUGUCUUCUAAGGAUGGCGUAGCAACUCCAAAGAAUGAUUUUACUAAGAAGGGAAGUCGUGCUUUAGCCUUACUGACUUCUCCUGCUGCUGGUAUAAAAACAGUUGAUCCUCUGCCUUUGCGGGAAGAUUCUGAAGGCACUCUCCCCAGAUUUGCUGAGACAACUCUUCCAGUUUCGAAAAUUCCAGAAUAUCCAACCAACGCCCACGGCCAGCCGCCUUCUCCGCCUUGUACCCCGUCCUUCUGGCAUCCUUCUCGUCGAAUUCAGGGAUCUCUCAGAGAUCCAGAAUUUCAACAUAAUGUGGGAAAAGCAAGGAAGAAUGAUUUCCAGUUACCUCAGCAUGAAGCCUUUAACGACGAAGACGAGGACAGAUUGUCUGAGAUUUCAGCUCGUUCUGCAGCUUCUAGUCUCCGUGCUUUGCAAACCCUGACGCGGGCUCAGAAACGGAAGGAGAAUUUCUGGGGCAAAUCGUAAACCUCCUGGAGGUUUUUUUUUUUUUUUUUUUUUUUAAUGCACAGAACCAUUGGCAUAAUUUUUCAUUGCUGAUCAUUGUGUUAAGAGUUUUUGAAUGUUUGAAUAGUCUUUUGGUAUUUCUAGCUUAAAUUAUUUGGUUUUUCUUUCUUUUUUUUUUUUUUUGCGGAACCAGGGCUUGAACUCGGGCUCUUGCACUUGCCAGGGAAGCGCUUAUUCCACUGAGCCAUCUCCCUGGCCUUAUUUGGUUUUUCAAUAGUUCAUUUUACUUGGAAAAUUUGAGUCUAUGCUUAUAGAGAUUUGACUUUAAAAAAGUUCUUUUACGUCUAUCCCAACAUACAAAGACAUAGAUUAUGUAUUUCUUCUCAUGUUCUUUUUUUUUUUUCUGUAUUGGGGGUCAGGGAUAGUUGGUAGAAUGGUGACUUUCUUCCAUGCUGAGAAUAUUCUAAAGGGAAGAAGUAAAAUUAGGAUCCAAAUGUAGAGUAUAUAUGUCUCCAAGAUUGUUUUUUUUUUUUAUCUUUAUAGAUGUCAUAAAAUGUAAUUUGUUGUUCCUGUAACUUUUGCUUUAGUGUUUAUUUUUGUACCUUCUAUAUAUGGAUGCAGCAUUAUUUAAGAUAAUUGUACUUUGAAAUUACCAGAUGUAUAUAUUUUCUUAUUUAUGUAACACAGUUUGGUGGGAGAU